GAAACCCCCAAAACCCCACGCCGAGAAACAGAAACCCCCGCCGCAAUCCAUGGCUCCCCCGGCCACCGCCGCCGACAAGCGAGACGGCAAGCGCCCCGCGCCCCCGGAAGAAGACCCCACCGUCGACUCCGCCGCCGCCACCGCUGACGGGGAGACGACGGAACAGCAGGCGGCGGGAGGGGCGGAAGGCUCCGGCGGCGGCGGCGGCGACCUAGUCCUGGUGACGGACUGCGGCACGGAGGUGCGCCUCUCCCGCUCCGCGGCGCGGAUGUCUACGGCGAUCCUCCACAUGAUGGAGGACGGCUGCGCGGAGGGGCGCGUCCCCGUCAAGGGCGUCGACGCCGGCGUCCUCCGCCUGGUGGUGGCGUACUGCGAGCGCCACGCGCCGCACUACGACCCCGUGGCCUCCGCGGCGAGGCUGCGCGACCCGUUCCCGCCGUUCCCCAUCGAAUUCCCGCGAGGCACACACGCCAUCAGGCCCGUCACCGACCCCGGCCCCGACCCGCACGGCCUCGAGGCGUGGGACAAGAAGUUCAUCGCCGACCUCCCCGACAACUCCGCCCUCUUCGCCGUCAUCCUCGCUGCCAACUACCUGGGCAUCGAGGACCUGCUCGACUUGGGCUGCACGGCUGUGGCCGACAAGAUGAGGGGCAAGACGCCCGAGGAGAUCCGGGACGCCCUGGACAUCGAGAACGACUACACGCCGGAGCAGGAGGCCGAGGUCAGGAGGGAGAACGCCUGGGCAUUCGAGGAUUGAAUUGUGUGUCCUGUUCCUUACCUUGAUUCGAAUGUUCUUGGUGGUUAUCUGAAGAAAUUAUCACUCAAGUCUGAUGUCAAGUAGGCAGAUCGUAGGUAGAUGAGUUUGUGAAAGGCUGAUGGUGAAUCGAGCUUCUGGAACUGCAAAUUUUGGUGUGAAUUGUGGAUCGGUGGAUAGUUUCUUUUAACUGGUUCUUAUGAGCAGAAAUCGGUAUGCUUCUUGCACAUUGUCCUCAGUUGAAGGUAUUACUUUCUAAU